AUGGAGGAAUCACUAUGUGUUCAUGGUGAUGAAGAGUUGGCUUUUGACUCCAUACAAAUUAUUACUGCUGCUGUGAAGGAAUUGUUUAAAACUUCUAAUGUUUCUUUACCAAGUGUGCUAAGGUUGAGGCUUGGUUUGCUUGGGAACCUCUUCCUGCUGGGUGGGUUUGCUGUUAAUUUGGGUAAAGGGCAGAUUCUAGAGGCGGAAUUAUGGGGUCUGUUCUUUGGUCUGAGGAUGGCUGUUGCGAAAGGGUUAAUAACCUUAUCGUUGAGAUGGAUUCGGCUGUUGCUAUCCAGCUUGUUCAGCAGCAUGAUCUCUUACUUUGCACCCUCUUGCAUCUCUGGUCUCUAG